AUGUCCACCAACUCCAUCAAGUUAUUGGCUUCCGAUGUCCACCGGGGUCUCGCUGAGCUCGUAGCCAAAAGAUUGGGUUUGAAGCUCACUCCAUGUGAGAUGAAGAGAGAUUCUACGGGGGAAGUUACCUUCAGUAUUGGCGAGUCCGUCAGAGAUGAGGAUAUCUUCAUUAUUUGCCAAAUUGGUUCAGGCGUGGUCAAUGACCGUGUGUUGGAGCUUUUGAUUAUGAUCAAUGCUUGUAAGACAGCCAGUGCCCGCCGAAUCACCGUCAUCUUGCCUAAUUUCCCUUACGCUAGACAGGAUAGAAAGGACAAGAGCAGAGCUCCUAUCACUGCUAAACUCAUGGCCGACAUGCUCACUACCUCUGGCUGUAACCAUGUCAUCACUAUGGACUUGCACGCUUCGCAGAUCCAAGGCUUCUUCGAUGUGCCAGUAGAUAACUUGUACGCUGAGCCUAGUGUGGUCAGAUACAUCAGAGAGAAGAUCUCGUAUAAGGAUGCAAUAAUCAUUUCGCCAGAUGCUGGUGGAGCCAAGAGAGCCGCAGGUUUGGCCGACAGACUAGAUUUGAACUUCGCUUUGAUCCACAAGGAGAGAGCUAGAGCCAAUGAAGUGUCUCGCAUGGUUCUUGUGGGAGAUGUCACCGACAAGAUCUGUAUUAUUGUGGAUGACAUGGCUGAUACUUGUGGUACGUUAGCUAAGGCUGCCGAGGUUUUGUUGGACAACAACGCAAAGGAGGUGAUUGCAAUUGUGACCCACGGUAUCUUGUCUGGAAACGCCAUCAAAAACAUCAACAACUCGAAACUUAAGGCCAUUGUGUGUACCAACACCGUUCCAUUUGAAGAGAAGCUUGACCUCUGUCCAAAGCUAGAUACCAUUGACAUCUCAGCUGUUUUGGCUGAGGCUGUUAGAAGACUUCACAAUGGUGAGAGCAUUUCGUAUUUGUUCAAGAACGCUCCAUUGUAA